AUGUUCUUCUUUGUGUUAUUAAUCGGGUUCGCCCUUUCACAAGUUUGCAAUACUUAUAUGACACUGAACAGCAAGUCCAGUACUGAACUUUUCAAAAAUACUCAAAGUAAUUGCUACUUGGUCAUCCCAAACAAAGUCACACUUGCUCCAAUUGAGGUGUCUGGAAAUGGAAAAAUUAUUAUAUUGAAUGGUGGGUCUCUUACUGUUACAUCAUUUAGUUCUGGGUUUAUAGACAACUCUGGUUCCUUGACAUUAAAAGCAGUGACGACAAAAUCAAAAAUACAGAAUAAUUUUGGAGCGUUUUGUUCUUUAGACUUCAAUUCAACCCAAACAUUUGGGUUUUUGAGUAAUUGUGGUACUUUGAUUUUCUCCGAAUCAAGUGCAAAACAAGACAUAUCUGUUACAUUUAAACAAAUAUACACAACAACGGGAUUUAUUGUUAAUCCAAGAUACCAACUCACUUUUGAACUUUUAGGGACUAUGGGUGCAGACUCCGACUUUGAAAUUACAUCAAGAAAAUACAAAAUCAAAGUCGAUCAAGUCGAUUCCAACUUGAUCUUCAAUCAAUUCCACAAUAUGAUUUACUUCCAAAAGACUUUAACAUCACAUGAAACUGUUACUUGCAUUGCAAGUACAACUUUACCAAUGACGGUUCUGACAAAUCAACAAGACGAAGGUAUCAUUUGCCCUUGCCAUUUACUUGAUGUUUCUUGUAAUUUGAAUUAUGGAAACAUCAACACAACAAUAACCCCCUCUGAUGGAAUCAAAAUUAAUGAAAUUACUGGAAAUGAAAUUACAAUCAUGGGUAAUAGCUCUUCAGUUCCAAGAGUUGUGAUAAACUCGUUAAAAGCAACAAAAUCUCAUUUACAAUAUCUCUUGCUGACAAUUACAACCGCAAGUGGAACAAUUGACACAGUAAGAGGGUCGCUUUCUAUUGCAGCAUAUUACGGAAAUUCCCUUUCAAGUUUAUACACAGAAUCAGUUAUUUCCUCAAAUGUUGCUUCUAAUUUUAGUUUCAGAGGAAGAUCAUUAGUUAUACUUGCCUCUUCCCAAAAACCCACUAUUGUGACAAUUGAUAAUGUAGCAGCUACUAUCAUUUUUGGUCCAAUUCCAUUUGGAGCUGAUAUUACACUUACCAAUCAUAGUGUCCUUGACCUUACAAGAAUCACUGGAAUAACAAACGGUUGUGAUAUCAAGGGAGAUUCAAAAGCAACAGAUGCAACAAUUUUACUCCCCGUACUUGAAGAUCCUAUUAAAGACCUUAAACUUGAUGGAAAACCUUGGAAAGUUUCAUGCGAUAGAAGAAUGUUGACGUUGACUGCUUCAAUGAAGGAUUCAAUUGAGAAAUGUUCAGAAUGUGAAGUUGGAGAUAUUUAUAAUGGUGUUCAUUAUAAUUGUUUGAAUUAUAUAACAAGUGGAUUGAAUUAUCUGAAUGUCACAAAAGAAAGCGCUUCUCUCUUUGAUAAAAACAAACUAAUUGUUAAUAGAGAUGGACUUUUGAUUACCCAAACUACAAAUUUUCUUGAAUUGGAUUUAAUGAACAGACCAAUUUUUUACCUGACUUCAGUUUCAGAACAAGUCUAUACAGUCAAAAUCAUGAAACUAUCAAAUUACAAUUCAAUUACACUGGAAAACAUUGUUCUAGAUUUACAAUCUAUUACUGAAAGUAUCAAAUUCGACACUUUAAAAUUGAUAAACUCAGUUGCGAAAUAUCCAUCUCUUGUGAAUGACGCAGAUAAAAAAGUAGAAAUUGAAAAUUUAGACAUGGAUUCUAAAAGUAAGGUAGAGGUGCCAACUGGAUAUACACUCAUUGUUGGGAGUGCACAUUUCAAUAUAUCUAAUAUAGAAGGAAAUAUUGUUAAUCCAUUGAUUAACACGAAAAAUUAUGCUUCUUUUGUGGUCAAAGGUAUUGUCUCCGUUACAAAUCCACCACUUACAGAGUAUUAUGCAAUGAUCGCUUUGGGUGAAAAUACUCAAGUAUAUCAAGGUUCUCUACCACCAGAAAUCAAAAACAAGUGCUCACAGAGAGCUCUUGUGUAUAACUCAGACGCUCCAACAUUCAAUUGUUCUAUAUUCCCUGUUUUGCAGAAUAAGAUUUGCACUGUCGACUCAACUUAUUUGAAGGACUCUGUAGAUCUUGAUAAAGAUGUGUAUUUGUCCAACCCCGAUAAGGCUUGCCCGUGUUACAACGACAUAUCUGGUAAAGGUGGGGACUGUCUCAUCCACCUUGAAACUACCUCUGCCACCCCAGUCACAGUUAUGGCAACAAAAGAUGAACACAGAUUUACAAAAAUGGAACUUACUGGAAACUUUGCUUUGAACCUCAAAGUGCUUGUCAUCUACUCGACACUCACGUUGAACGGUGGAGAUGUGACAAUAAAUUCAGAUUCAAACACGAAAAUUGCUACAAUUGAAAUUACAAAAACUACAACACUUGUGCUCAACACAUCAACAACAAUUGGAAAGAUCAUUGUUAAUGAUGGUGUUGAAUUCACUCUGAAAUGUUAUGGUGAUACAUUCAUAGAAGCUUCAAAUGUUGGAGCUUUUGGGCUUUAUGUUGGUAAAACGUUGUCGAUCAGAGGUGCAGACACUAUUGUUACAAUCAAUUUGCUUGAUGUCAAAAUGACUGCGACCCAAAAGAGUAAGAUAUAUAUCCUUGGAGGCGCCAAGUUGAACUUCAGCGAAGCAACAGUCAGACUUGAAAAGAGUUUGGAAUUCAAAGACAUUUCUGUGAUUGAAGCUGAUAAUGUCGAUUCAAUUACAUAUGUGAACAAAACUAUUGAAAAAGAUCCAGUCAAAAUAAUAAUGUCCGGUAAUGCUGCGGCUUCAACAUGCACUCCACUGGCACUUUUUACUGUUGCUUCACAAACAGAGAAAAAGUUCAAAACAGACAACUCGGACUUGGGAUGUGGUGGGUCGAUGUGGAUCAUCUGCCCAAAUGAUCCCAAAAGAACAAUUUAUCUAUGUAUUGGUUUUACAGAGUGUGUUUUUGUUGAUCCUGUCAAUACAAAUGAAAGUAUAUCUGCUUCUGAAAGUGAUUCCUAUGUCAACACAAGAGACUGCCCAUGCUCUAAAACAACUGGUUCAGUUUUUAUGUCUGGUUGCAACACUAGAAUACCAGGCACACUUUCGGGAAUGACAAUAACAAACAUCACUGGCAACUUCAGGCAACUUAGGGCAGAGGCAAGUGUCAACUUAAAUAUUAGGGAUAUUACUGUAAAAGAACUCAUGUUAAGAGGAAAAGUGGUUAUUUCUUCAGACCAAAUUAUUAAUAACGACACAUUUACAGACGACACAACGUAUAGUGGAUUCGGGUCUUUAACUGCCACUGUGUUGAACAUCUACACUAAACAACCAACUAAAUUGACCUUCAACGUUACAAGUAAAAUAUUAAGAACCAAGUCGAGUGAGACAGCUUCGUUAUUAAUACUCUUUACUAAGACUUCUUAUAUUGGACUUGGUAAUAUUGGAAAUAAACCAGAGGAUGAUGGUAAAGUUUAUGCAUAUCUUGGAAAUUCCACUUCUGUUACUAUCAACACUGAACAGGACUCGGAAGAUUUAGAAGCCAAAUUUAUACUGGAACUUGCUUCUGAAGUAGCGAAAUCUGAUUUAAUACUAAGUGGAAAUUUGCCAUAUAAAAUUGAUGGAGACUUCAUUGCAAGAUCUCUUGUGGUGAGCAGAGGAAGCUACAACAACACUAUUAAUGCACUUCCAUUCAUACAACUUGACGAAAAUCACAAAUUUACAGUUGAGUCGUUCUCGGUUAUUCCAUUAGAACUUCAAGAAUAUGUAGUGACGUACUCCUCUGAUAUUUACCAGGUCAGUGUCAAAAACCAAGACAAAAUGGCUCAAUCAAUUCAACUUGACCUUGACCACUCAAUGUUGCUUUACAGAGGAAGUGCAGAUGACGAGACAAGACCACCAAUUAUGUGUGAAUUGACUGUGCCAAAAACAAAAGAACAAAUACCAACUGCUUUUGUCAAGAUGGAAGGUGAAGACAACACAACAACAAUUGUGUCUGUUGUGCAGUACAACGAGACUGUAGCAGACAACGCAAAGAUAUACAACAGAAGUGGAUGUCCAUGCAAUGGAAGAUACUGCGUGACUACAAUAACAGCAGAAUACACAGCACUGAUCAAUGCAACUACAAUUGGAUCCAACCAAAUUAAUCAAUUCAUUGUCAAAAACACUAAACCAGUUGAAGUUGUUGCUGAAACACUUAGCACAAAAAUAAUGACAGUCAAUGGGGAUGCACCAGUCAUAUUUUCAAUUGACACUUUGACCGUUGGUAAGACAUUUGAAUUCAGUGCGGACACCGUCAACAUGACAUUCAACAACACAAAGAAGAUGAGCAUUGCACCAUUCACAAUCAACCAACCACAAGACUCAAACAAAUCAAUCCAUGUAGCACUGUACUCACGCAGUUCGUCACUCUCUAACAACUUUGAAUUCUCAAAGGUUGAUGUGUUUGAUGAUUUGGUUGUGGAAGAUGCAGCAGACAACGAGCGAAUGGCACUGUUUGUGACAUCGUCUGCAUCAACAAACAUCACCAACUUGGAGGUGAGCAACGCACGACUCUAUCUCCAACAGGGCAAAUUCAACAUCCUUGACAACGAAGUUGUCUUGCUCAUCAAAAAGCUAGAGGCAUUCCCACUGAUGUUCUCAACUGGUGCCUCAGUCAGUUGGCCAGAAGGCACAAUCAAGAUCGUUGUCGACCCAUCACUCCCCAAAGACGUGCCAAUCUUCAUCAUGAGAGUUGGUCUUGGAAAGAACUUCACAGCUGAAAACGGCGUGAAAUUCACUGUUGUAGAAGGAACAAAAGCAACUCAUUUGAAGAGCGCGUCAUUCUCGUCAUACACCAUCAAACAAAUCUGUUCGAUUUAUGUUGCACUUGUGCCAAGCGAUUUUGUCGAAGCAGGAUAUGAGUGCCCAACAGAUCCAACUGAUGCAGGAGAGCAAAACAACCUUGAACCAAUCAUUAAAGAUGAUGUGCCGACCUGGGUCAUUGUCAUCUUGAUCAUCAUCGGUAUCUUCAUUGUCAUCGUCGUCAUCUUGUUUAUCGUCUUUGUUGUUAUUGCAAGAAAGAUCCUGUUGAGGAGAAGAAACUUGAAAGUGUUCAACGACGAAGACAACCUGUUCUUCCAAAGCGCAGAAGAGUCUACCGAAGAAACCAAAGAAACAACAAAAGAAGAAGCUAAAGAAGAAUCUCAGAAGUCGGAAGAGUCUUCUUCGGAGUCUUCUAUGUCUUUAUCAUCAAAAUCAGACUCUAAGUCUGGUUCUGGAAGUAAAUCUGGAAGUCAAACAACAAGCAAGCCACAAAGCAAAUCAGACAAGAAAUCGGAGACUAAACCUGAAAGUCAACCAGCGAACAAUGGGGCGGAAAGUAAAACGGACGAAGAAUCAAAAAACAAAGAAAAUUCAAAUGAUCAAGACAACAAGUCUGAAAAUAAACAAGUUGAAACUGUUGCAGAACCAAAACCUGAAAAUACUCACGAGCUUUCUUAA